AUGGCGAGCGCCAUCGCCAGUGCCGCGAGCGAGAUGGAUGGCCACGACAAGGAAACGGAGUACGAAGCAAAGAUGGUGAAGAAGACCGUUCUGGCACGCGAACGACGAAAGAUGCGAAGGAAGGAACUACUGGGCUCCAUGACGGCAGACGAGCGCAAGGCCUUCGUGAAAAAUGAGGCGCGGACUGAGCAAGAGCGUGCGCAACGUUUGGCCGUGGCGUCUGAAACUGGCCAGCGUGUCGCGAUCGACUGUGGAUACGACGGCAUCAUGAGCGACAAGGAAGUGAGCAGUUUGUCCAAACAGAUCAAGUUUUGCUACGGCACGAUCCGGCGCAUGGACGAUCCAUUCGCCCUGACCGUGACCGAUUGCACAGACGGGUCGCGCAUUGCGUCGGCGUUGCAGCGCUUCAGUGCCGACAAGUGGAGCAUCCAGUUGCAACCUGCGAGUGUGUCCAGUCUAUUUCCUGCGACCGAUCUGGUGUUCCUCACGCCAGACUCGCCGAAUCUCUUGUCCACGCUAGAUCGGUCCAAAGUCUAUGUGAUUGGUGGCAUUGUCGAUAGAAGUCGCGUCAAAGGGCGCUCCCUACAAGCCGCCACGGCGCUAGGCGUCGAAACGGCGCGCCUUCCGAUCCAGGAAUUCGUCCCCGAUCGCCACACAGAUCACAUUUUGAACGUCAACACCGUCGUGGAAAUUUUGGCGUCGAUUCAAGCUGGCAACGACUGGCCCACGACCCUCGCCGAGUGUCUGCCCAAGCGAAAACAAGCCAGUGUGAGCCGUCGGGUGCUGAAACGACAAGCGAAAGAGAUUGCAUCAACUCGAGUCGUCUUCCAUUAG